AUGACCACUCACAUUUGGAGCAUUCUCGAUCAUAAAGAAUCUUUAUGGGUGAAAUGGAUACACUCGUAUAGACUCUCUAAUCGUAGCUUUUGGGAUGUCCCCAUUCCUUCCAACUGCAGCUGGGGAUGGCAUAAAUAUUACAGCUUUGAGAUCAGGAAUGCGGGAUUUUCAUUACAUAUCAAAGUGAGUGACCUAGUGAUGGAUGGAAAUUGGAAAUGGCCUGAUGAAUGGCUGGAUUUAUACCCUGCUUUAAACGGUUUACCUUCUAUUAUCAUAAGGCCGCAUAUUCCUGAUUCUCUAUAUUGGAAAGAUAAAGAUGGUAAUGAGGUGGAGUUCUCGUCGUAUGCAAUAUGGAACACAUUAAGGCAGCAUCAUCAGCAGGUUCCAUGGGGGAAUGGGGUUUGGCAUACAGUUCGGCAUUUAGCUUACAUGCAAAACGUUCAAGAAAAAUGGGAUGAUGUAGCUGAAUGGAUGAUUCAAAAGAGGAAGUCGAAUUUAGCAAGAACGGUAAUUGGUAAAUUAUUAGUUGCUGCUACGACAUACUUCAUAUGGCAAGAGCGAAACAUGAGACUCCAAUCCAAUAAAUCAAGACCUGUGGAGAAGAUCUUGGAUAUAAUAUCCACUAGAGUCCGGUUAAAGCUUGUAACAUUGCGGUUCAAGAAUACAAAGCUUGCUAAUCAUAUGGUAGAAGAUUGGAAUUUGCCUAGGCAUUUGGUGAUUUACGACCAAGGAAGGAUUGAUUAG